GCACCGGAGAGGCGGAGACUCCGGAGGCGACAAAAAAAGGGAGGGGGAAAAGAAAGACCACGGUGCGUGCAACCGCGGCGGUUGGACUUUAUUUCCAUUUUUCCAGGAUGUGGGUGGUGGGCGGCUUGGCUUGACGACUUUCACUCUCCGUGUCCGUCUGUCUUGCGCAUCUGGCGGCCUUCCCCUUUCAGCGCCGCUUCCUCUUCCUCGUCCAUCCCCCCUGCCCACAAGCUUCCGGCAGCUGUGUCCUGUUCCUCCCCGUCGACCCCCUGCCUGGCUGCCUGAGGGAAUGUUGUGGCAACUGAUGCAGUACUAAAGCUUCGGCAUGGAGCGAUGUGACUGCAUUGAGCCGCUGUGGCCGACUGAUGAGCUCCUCAUCAAGUAUCAAUACAUCUCGGACUUCUUCAUAGCACUUGCAUAUUUCUCUAUCCCGUUGGAACUGAUAUACUUUGUGAAGAAGUCGUCCUUCUUCCCAUACAGAUGGGUUUUGAUCCAGUUUGGUGCUUUCAUAGUCCUGUGUGGAGCAACUCAUCUCAUAAACCUGUGGACUUUCACCACACACACGAAAACUGUCGCUUUGGUCAUGACAGUAGCGAAGGUUUCGACAGCUGUUGUUUCCUGUGCAACAGCUUUGAUGCUUGUUCACAUCAUCCCUGACUUGUUGAGUGUGAAAACGAGGGAGUUGUUUCUGAAGAAUAAAGCUGAAGAGCUUGAUUGGGAAAUGGGCUUGAUAAGGACACAAGAAGAGACUGGAAGACAUGUUAGGAUGCUAACUCAUGAAAUCAGAAGCACACUCAAUAGACAUACGAUUUUGAAGACUACUAUUGUUGAGCUAGGAAGGACCCUGGGUCUGGAAGAAUGUGCCCUGUGGAUGCCAUCACGAAGUGGUUCAAGUCUCCAGCUUUCUCACACUCUGCGCCACCAGAUUACUGUUGGGUCAUCUAUAUCCAUUAACCUUCCUGUUGUCAACCAAGUGUUCAGUAGCAAUCGAGCAAUUAUAAUACCCCACACAUCUCCUUUGGCAAGGAUUCGACCUCUUGCCGGACGAUAUGUUCCACCAGAAGUGGCUGCAGUGCGUGUACCUCUUCUAAAUCUUUCAAACUUCCAAAUAAAUGAUUGGCCAGAGCUUUCAGCAAAAAGCUAUGCAAUUAUGGUUCUUAUGCUUCCAUCUGAUAGUGCAAGGAACUGGCAUGUGCAUGAGUUGGAGCUUGUUGAGGUGGUCGCCGAUCAGGUAGCAGUUGCACUCUCUCAUGCAGCUAUUCUUGAAGAGUCCAUGCGUGCACGCGAUUUACUAAUGGAGCAAAAUGUUGCCCUGGAUUUAGCUCGGCGAGAGGCUGAAAUGGCCAUCCGUGCUCGGAAUGAUUUUCUAGCUGUUAUGAAUCAUGAAAUGCGUACACCAAUGAAUGCAAUUAUAGCCCUUUCAUCCUUACUUUUGGAAACUGAACUCACUCCUGAGCAGCGGCUAAUGGUGGAAACUGUAUUGAAAAGCAGCAACCUUUUAGCAACACUAAUCAAUGAUGUGUUAGAUCUUUCCAAACUUGAGGAUGGUAGCCUUGAAUUGGAGAUUAGAGCAUUCAAUCUUCAUGCUGUUUUCAAAGAGGUCAUGGGUUUCAUCAGACCAAUUGCAGCUAUCAAGAGUCUGUCUAUGUCGGUUAUGUUAGCACCAGACUUGCCAUUAUGUGCGAUUGGCGACGAAAAGAGGCUAAUGCAAACUAUUCUGAAUAUAUCCGGUAAUGCUGUGAAGUUUACCAAGGAGGGCCACAUCACACUUGUAGCUUCCGUUCUGAAGCCUGAUUCUUUAAGAGAGUUCAGAACCCCGGAUUUCCAUCCAGCUGCAAGUGAUGACCAUUUCUAUUUGAAAGUUCAGCUAAAAGAUACAGGCUGCGGUAUUAGCCCUCAAGAUCUGCCUCAUGUAUUUACAAAAUUCGCUCAAAAUCAGCCUGGAGGUAACCAAGGAUACAAUGGUAGUGGCCUUGGCCUUGCCAUUUGCAGGAGGUUUGUUACCCUGAUGGGAGGGCACAUCUGGCUAGAGAGUGAAGGAACAGGAAGAGGCUGCACGGCCACAUUUGUCAUCAGGCUUGGUGUAUCUGACAAUACAAACACAUAUCAGCAGCAGUUGACCCCCCUCGGCUGGCCAAGCAAUGGAGAUACUGAUUCUGCCGGUCCGAAGGCCCUUCUCGAAGAGAGGAGGCCGGCUUCACUGAAACCUCGUUACCAGAGGAGCGUAUGAGCCACACUGUAAAUGAUCGAUGGCAUGGUAUCGAGUAGGGAGUUGUAGUUAGUUUCGCGCCCUCUAAUUUUGUGCUUAGUAUUGUGGUAGUUGGCAUAUAUUGUACAAAUAAUGUAUACCAAAUGGGACUGUAGACUGCAGUUGUGUUCCUGGGCACAAAACACUAACUUGCUGCAUUCAGUACUAGAACGCGUAUUUUGUGUGUGCGUGACCCAAUUAGCUCAUGCCUCAUGGGCUGUUCUGUCGUAUCAGGUCCAAACCACUACGGAGAAACAACGUGUAAAAGAUACAGUAAAGAAAAUAGUUUAUAGGUAUGAAAAACAAGCCCAUAUGGUCUGUAGAAGUCCGAUAUCGAACUCUUGUUUGGAGGAUAUGAAAAAUAAGCAUAUAUAAUGGCUCUUGAUUCCCGUUA